AUGGCUGAGCCUCCGCAGCCCGACCUGGGCGCGGCCAUGUCGCCACCAGGCAUCAAGCAAGAGCCCAACAUCCUCGAUGGGCUCGACUUGGAGUUGGCCCUCCAGGCCGCGACGAAACGACCUUUCGAGGACAUGACCAACGGCGAUGACCCCUCAAAGAGGGUCAAGACCGAGGACGAAACCACCCACGAUAACGAGUUCGAGGACGAUCACGGCGCCGAGGAGUCGCUAGAAGACGGCCUUGCCUUGCUUGUUCAGAAUGCGCUCUCCAACGUCGGCGAUCUGGUGAAUCAGUUCACCCAGGACGCCGACAUGGCUCACACCACCCCUGACCCCAUGGACGUCGACAGCGUACCUGUCCCAGAUGACUCCCUCCCCCAAAUCUCCGUCACGUUUCUAUCCGACCCUCAAAAGUAUUUGCGCAAUGCCAGCCGGAAUGCGCUGGGGAAUUUGGCCAUCUCGAUUAUCCUCGUCUUCUCCCAAUCCUUUGACGACUCGAUCAAACCCAUCCGGGAAACCGAUUCCCAACACUCCCAAUCUUUCCGACAGCUGCAGACCUCUUUCGAGCAGAUCAAGCAAAUUUACUCGACCAGCUCCAUCCUAUCCUCCAUUGAAGUCGAUCUCCAAGACGAUGAAUCGCGUACGAUAUUAGGUCUGGCGAACCUAGCUCAGUUUGGCCUCUGGUUGCUCGACGGCAGUUUCAAGUUGUACAGGGAAGCUCAUCAACACUUCCAUGCUAUAUUCCCAGACCAAAUAUCUCACCUAGGUACUGAAAUUAUCGAGCUGUACCUUUCGCUCAAGACUCAAUUAGCCAUUGAAUCAAUCCUAGCCAGAGCUCCGAAUCAACAGAUCGAGCAAUUGUUGAACGGGGUUUUCGUCGAUGGGCUGGAGGAGGAGAUGCGUGGCCUGCAUGGCGGCUUCGAGCUAACACCUUCGGAUCAGGAGUUUGUCUCCUCUGCUCGAUCACGAAGAGACGCCCUCUUAAUCGAUGCCCAAUUGGAGACUGCUACACUGAAGGAAAGGUACCCCGCCGAUGACUUGCUCCGCACCUUCAGCAUGUACGCCAGGGGCCGUGUAGCCUCAAUAUCAGAUCUUGGGAGCAGACUAGGUCUUUCCAUGCCAUCCGGCGUCGAAGCCGCUCUCGACAUUCUCCCCGAUGGCCCCGACGAUGGCGAUCUCGACUUGGAUGAUCUAUCUUCGUUCUUUGAAAAGACGACAUCCGGGCUCGUCCAGAACGCUCUGGCUGGCUUGACGGAAGAGGAACCUGCACCUACUCCCGUUAUUGAGACCGUCGACGAACCUCCAGAAGUUCCCAAGAGCCCCCCGAAGGUCGAAGCCGCAACCCCACAAACAAAUGGCAAGGUGGACUUGAUGACCGAUUACAAGGAGUUGGAGGCUCUGGUUGCGGAGAGCACUUCAAACUACGUAAAGACGACAUUGCACGGGCUAUCGCCUGUGCCCUAUCAGCCGACUGUACCCACGAGUACCACCCAGUCAUAUUUAAGCCAGCUACAACAGGUCCAGUCUCAGCACCCAUACUACUCAUACACACAACAAGUGCCUGAGCCUCAACCUCCACCUCCAGGUCCUGGCGAAAACUUACCUCCCAACCAGACAUUCCCCAGCGCCAUACUAUAUGACAAAGCCCGCCAAGCAGCCCUCUCGAAGUCAUCAGCGCACACUCGAAGAGAAGGCCUUCACUCUACUCGCCGGCCAUGGACGCAGGAGGAAGAAAAGGCACUCAUGGCUGGUCUUGAUAUGGUCAAGGGCCCACAUUGGAGCCAAAUACUUACCCUCUUUGGCCAAAACGGCACCAUAUCCGAUAUACUCAAAGAUCGAACCCAGGUCCAAUUGAAGGACAAGGCUCGAAACCUCAAGCUGUUCUUCCUCAAGACGAACUCCGAAAUGCCUUACUAUCUACAAGCCGUCACUGGCGAGCUCAAGACGCGAGCUCCUACCCAGGCUGCUCGAAAGGAAGCGGAAGAGCGGGCAAGGAUGAAUUCGGAGGAGGAGCAGGCCAGGAUACAAGGCAUCAUGACCUUGGCUGGCGGUCUGCAAAACCCUCAAGGUAGAGCCACGGGAAAUGCUGCCAGUGCAGUCGGACCAGGCGUCGUCACACCGGCCCAAGCUGCAAGUGCUGCGCAAGCCGCUUCGACGCAGCACUCAGCUCACCACGGAGCGUCGCAACACGCCGUCGCUUCUCCCGUUACAUCGGGAUACCCGGCAUCCUCCUUACCGCAAGCCCGAACGGGGAUGCUGGCCACGACGCAACAAGCCCUUCAAUCAGUGGCACAGCCUCCUCCUCGUCCGCAGUCGCAAUUACCCCCCCAAACACCACGACCUCAAUCGCAGCAGCAGACUCACUUGGCUAUGCCAACUCCCGUGCAACCACAGGCCGGGACACCAGCCCGAUCUCAAGCUUCUACACCAGUGGGGCAAACUCAUCACUCAUCACCGCAUCACACCCCAACACCACAUUCUACUCCAAACAUGGCAUCCCAACAUACACAACCUCAACAUACACAUUACUCUCACUCCCAGAGUUCACAGCCUACCUAUCAGGCGCCCUCUGCCCCUAUGCAAGCCCAACCUGGGCAUAUGGUGUCACACGCCUCUGGGUUAGAAUCCCUGGUCGACGUACACGACAAUGCCGCCGAGGCAGCCUUGUUGCAAGGCCUCCAGGCUGCCGUGGCUGAGUCUCUGUGA